UCUCUCUCCCAGCAGCUGACAGAGUUUGUUUUCGUGUCUAGCGCUCUCCUGCUGCUGCUGGCUGCUGCUGGCUGCUGCUGGCUGCUGCUGCUGCUCUCGCCCCGGGAAGGGAGGCAAGGGAUCGAGGUUGACGCGCUCUAUCCAGGUCGCAGCAGAAUAUGACCGCAUCGCCACCACAGCAGCAGCACCAGCAGCACCACCGCUUCUGCUCUCAGCAGUGCGCCAGCAGUAACGCUCACCCCACCCGCAGUGCCGCCGUGCCGCUCUCCUGCAAAUCCCAGACCUCCCCUCUCCCCCAUAUCUUGAACAUCUCGACAUCAUUCUCUCUUCUUCUCAAUCUCCCAUCAAGUGUUUAGACGCGACAACCGCGACCCUCUCAACUCCGACGACCACCACUAACACCUCGACAUCAUGAUCAUCGGUGGCUUCACCGGCCUGCUCCUCUUGGUCGCUUGCGUCCUCCUCAUCUUGGCGAGCGUGUCCACACCAAUUAUCAACUCGCUCACCCUCAUGACCGUCCACGAGCCCGUCUUUGCCCAGAUUGGCGCGUUUGGCUACUGCCUCCAGAACACUUGCUCUGGAACCAAGCUUGGCUACGACCUCACCGGCCUCACCAACCGGCUCUCGCUUGGCCAGUCAACCCAGGGUACCGGUGUCAUUGACGGCGUUUCGGACAGCGCUGCCAAGUCGCUCACUGCUGUCACCAAGGGCCUCAUUCUUCACCCCAUUGCCGCCGCGUUUGCCUUCCUUGCUAUGAUCACCGCCUGCGCUGCGGACAAGAUUGGCUACCUCUUUGCCUCGCUCCUGGCACUUCUCGCCUUCCUUUCGGCUCUCGCCGCCAUGCUCAUUGACUUUGUCGCGUUUGCCAUGGUCAAGAACAACAUUGGUGACGCUGGCGGCCGCGCCAACUACGGCACCGGCACUUGGCUCACCCUCGUCGCCACCAUUCUCCUCCUCAUCGCCAUGCUCACCUCCCUUGUCUCGUGCUGCUGCGGCCGCUCGAACAAGCACAAGCAGCGCGAGCGCGAGCUCCGCGCUGAGCAGGACGCUCUUCACUACAACGAGAAGCCUCGCCGCUUCUGGCAGCGCGGGCCCCGCCACACCGCCGCCCACACCGCCCCCUACGACCCCAACGCCCCUAACGCUGUCGGUGUUCCCCCACGCCGCCACUUCUGGAGCCGCGGACCCAAGGCGACGACCAUGCACAACGAGCGUGUCGUCUAAACCGCACUCCAUCACGCCCACCCUUUACGAUACUCAAACUUUUACUUACCACCCCUAGGUGUUAAUAUACGGAGAACAGUUAGGAGGAGAACUUGUAGUGCUUCGUCCGUACAUGUAUGACGUUCACGAGCCGCUAGCAGCUAGACAAAUGAACGAUGUUGCAGCC